AUGGCUCAGGCAGAUGAUGCCAUGGACUUCUACCUCGGUGCCCUGGGCGCGGGACCUUAUCAGAACGCCUUCAUGUUCUUCGGUAUUGUCGCCAUGUUCACUCAGGAGCUGCACUACUUUCUGCCUGAGGUGGUGGCGGUGCGGCCCAAGUUCUGGUGCAGUGGCGCAAACGCGUCCUUGGGAAAGCAAGACCCAUGCCUGGAGCCUGGCACGAAUGAUAGCUGUACUUCUUGGGAGUUCAACGUGCCCGAUAGGAAGGUGUCCAUCGUCAGUGAGUGGGAUCUGGUGUGCGAUCGAGCCUGGUGGACCGAAAGGUCAACAGUCACCUACACCCUCGGCGCCAUUGUAGGUAUCAUAUUGGCAGCCACACUGAGUGACAGGCUUGGCCGUCGAACUUCGCUACUGAUCUGCCUGCUGGCGAUGAGUGCCGCUGGUUUGUCGCUGUCCACGGCGUCGUCGCCGUACUUCUACACUGUGCUGCGCUUCUGCGUCGCCGUUUGCGUCACGCCCAUCGCCGUCAUUUCGACCGUCCUCGUCUCCGAGGUGGUGACUCCCCGCGAUCUGGCCGUGUACGUGAUGACCCUUCAGCUGGGUAACAGCGGAGCCAGUAUGGCGCUGGGUUGGUUGAACCGCACCGCUGGUAGCUGGAGGUAUGUCACCGUCAUCGCCAUGGUGCCCAUCUUACUGCUCUUCUUCCAGUUUGGUUCCACGUCCGAGUCUCCGCGCUGGCUGGUGCGCACGCGUGAUUACAACCGUGCCCAGCGGAUCUUACUCGGCGCGGCGCGCAAGAACGGUGUCGAACCCAUCCGGGCACUGAACUUCUGGACCAAAGCGCGUGGAAGACUGGAAAAUCUGGUUAUUCACUUUAUAGCAGAAGGUACUGAAGGCGGUAAGACGAUGUGGCGAGCCGACGACGCAGUAUCACUGUACGUGGACCAGGAGACAAUGUGCAAGUUCUUCUAA